CCACCUCCCUCCAUUGCGCCGCACCGCCACCUCCCUCCCACUGCGCCGGCAGCCGAUCUGCCGCGGUCGGCCCUCCCCAGGCCGCCGCUGCGCUGCCCCUGCCGCGACCACUGUGCGCGUCGACCACCUCCUGCUGCACCACCCACUGAUGCCCGCCAACUCCCGCAUCCCGCACUUCCACUCACCCCCAUCCAGACGCGAGAUCUGGCCGCUCGCCCCCGUUCCACUGCCUACCGGCCUCCCAUGCCGCACACCACGGCCCACGGUGACGCCAGAUCCAUGCGCCGGUGAGACCAGCAACAAGGGAUACAGCCAUGGCCGUCGUUGCUCAAAGCUUGCCGGACCCGACGAUUUCUCCAUGCCGAGCGCUCGCCUUCUGUUGUCCGCAUAUGGAUCCGGGUGCCGCCGUCCCUUCCCAGCCUCCUCCAGUGACAUGGUUGGUGACACCAACCUAUGCUCACCUCCUCCCAUCCCUCCAGGAGCUCUCCCGUCACCCUGUCUGACGGCCUCCUCUCCCUGCAAACUCCCUUCGCCGAGGUCCAGUAUAUGUUCAUCCCCGGCGGCUCGAGUACAGUUCGGCGUACGACGGCGUACAGUACGGCGUAUUACGGCGUGCAGUAUUGCAUCCCACAUCUUCACCCAUCCUCCGCUGCCGCAUCCUAUGCUAGCCGCCAGUGUGUGGGAUGACGCUGGAUGGGGGCGAAAAAAGUAAACUACGACUGAAACGCCUAAGCAGGUUCUAAUGGCCUGAAGAUCAAGCAGGUGAUCUUAUUCCUCCCUGCUAAUGUCCAUGUGUCAGUGUCUUCCACCAUCCUAGAGAGAGCCUGCACUGGUGUUGUCCGUUUGUUCUCAAAGAAAAAUCACGAUGAGGUACCUGUGCGAACAAAAUAGGAAAAACAAAUCUCCCCGUAUAUGGAUUGGUGGGUGAAAAAAUGGGGCUGAGAACCAAUACGGAGGGCAUGAAUUGUAGUAGUGAGAUGGGAUAACAGUGCAUCCGUGCGGGCGUGCAGUUUGGCGGCACGGCGCGUGUGGUACACUGGUUCCGGUGAUGCUGUUCGCCGGCGUACUCCAGAGUAACAGUUUCGCUUCGUGACGAUGUCUUUGUUUGCAGUUCUCUAGAUGUGUGUUGUAGUGCACUGAAUAAAAAAGGUUUUGUA